AUGGCGGGGAUGCAUCGCUUUUGGAGUUUUUACGAGGAUGCCUCUUGUAGUGGAGCACCGACUGGGGUCUUCAUUCAGAGGCGGAACGAGUGCGUGUCCCAAGUCACCUCCAGUGGUGCUAACUGCGUUGCUCAGUACGAUGACAGCAACGCGUUGGUAGGGUAUGUCGACGAGAGUUGCCACGAAGGUCGGGCUGCAGGUCUUGAUGAACUCUACAACGGCGAGCCCUACAUGGCGUACGACUACUACUAUGAUACUGCCUGCACGGACUACGAGAAUUCAGCUUCGUACCGAGCUAGCGUCGAUUGUGAGACUUUGUACGACGGCUACUCUCCAGUUAGGAGCGCUACGAUCUCAAUCUCGAACGGAGUGUUGACAUGGACUCGGAAUAUGGGCUCCAUUGGUAGCGCACUUAAGUGUCCUGGUUCAACUGGCCCUGCUACUAUGAGUUUGAUGUGUCAACUGCUGACAUUAACGCCAACACCUGCCAGAACGCGUUCUCCGGCAUCGAAGGUGGAUUCGUUUUCUACAACAAGGCAGCUACCUCCACGACUGACACUUCCAGCUCCGUCAUCAGCGACACAAAUUCAAGUUCAACGGUCACCAGCACGUUCGGCUCGAGCUUUGACGAGUCUGACUCUGCUUCAGCCUCGGCAUCAAGAAGCACGUCCGAGACUAACCAGGACUCGAGCUCAGCAUCCUCGGUGUCGACUUCAUCUUCAUCUGGAAGCGGACUUCCAGACGGUGCGGUCGUCGGAAUUGCCGCCGGAGUCGCAGCCGUUCUCGUCGUGA